AUGUGUCUGACAUUUUUCAGAGAAGCCACUCUGUUCAUGAUUCUCAUUGUUUGGUGUUUUUGAAUGUGCCCCCCCCCCUUCCCUCUUGCAGUAUGAACAGUGAACAGUGCGAAAAGUUUUCUAUUGAUGAUUUGUAAAGUUAAUUGGAUACGAUUACGAUAUUAAGGAGGUAAAUUGAUACAUUCGUGAGGGAAGGGAAAACAAGGAUAUGAAAAUUUAUGAACGACACAACAAGGCAAAAGAUUCCUUCACGCUCAUAUCGAUCCCAUUACCACGAACGAUGCAUCUUUUCAUGUGUCAAUCUGAACGUGUUUGUAAACUAUUGACCUUGUCCGCAAAAGAUCGGUGAAUUAGUUAUCCGCUCCCAUCCCCCACUCUAUUUAUUUGUACUUUUUCCUUCUUAUGUUACUGAUACGAAACUGGAAAUAAUUAUUUCCUUGAAAUGGAGGUCAUCGGUGACUACGAGUAUAACACCAAGGACCUGAUAGGUCACGGUGCUUUUGCCGUCGUUUAUCGAGGCAGAAUACGUAAAAAACCUAAUUACGUAGUGGCGAUCAAAAGUAUAACCAAGAAGAGUUUAGCCAAAUCGCAAAACCUUCUUGGCAAGGAGAUUAAGAUUUUGAAGGAGUUAACGGAACUACAUCAUGAGAAUGUAGUUGCUUUGCUAGAUUGUAAGGAAUCUAAUCAUAAUGUCUUCCUGGUUAUGGAGUAUUGUAAUGGUGGAGAUUUAGCUGAUUACUUAGGAGCAAAAGGAACUUUGUCAGAGGAUACUAUUAGAGUAUUUCUCAAACAAUUAGCAGGUGCAAUGAGAGCGUUACAUGCCAAAGGUAUUGUUCAUAGAGAUCUUAAACCACAAAAUAUUUUACUCAGUCAUAACUGUGGCAAAGCAUGUCCACAACCACAUCAAAUAACGUUAAAAAUAGCGGAUUUUGGUUUCGCACGCUUUUUACAAGACGGAGUAAUGGCUGCUACAUUGUGUGGUUCACCAAUGUAUAUGGCACCUGAAGUAAUCAUGUCACUUCAAUACGAUGCGAAAGCAGAUUUGUGGUCUCUUGGAACAAUAGUGUUUCAAUGUCUUACUGGAAAGGCUCCAUUUCAAGCUCACACUCCACAUGCCCUUAAAUUGUUUUAUGAGAAAAACGCUAAUCUUGGUCCAAAGAUUCCUGCUGGAACUUCACUAGUAUUAUCUGAUUUGUUAUUGGGUUUGUUGAGACGCAAUGCGAGAGAUCGAAUGCCCUUCGAUGAAUUUUUUGGUCACCCUUUUCUGCAAGGAGCUAGGGAAAGUCCCAGUCCAGUUCCUGCAGAAUUACCAGCUUCACCUGCGACAUUAGCUGUUCCGGAAGGACCAGGAGUUGUUGUAAGAUCUGAUCCGGAACCAAAUAGUCCAUGUUCCAGUCCAGAAGAUGACUUUGUGCUUGUGCCAAGUGAUCUUAGUAGUGAUACAGACAAUAAUACUAACACGCAAGUCAAGUGUUGUAAUCAUCGUUACAGGUACAUGAAGCAAAAUACCAGAGAGGCAAUUAGUCCACCACGUCCAUGCUUUUUACCCAUAUCUGAACCAAUCCCAGUUCCCACACAAAGAAGCACAGCACAUCCAUCAUCACCUUCUGGUAAUGUAAGAUCUGGAAGUAGCGUCGUUCCUCGCUCUCAGCCGAUUAGUAUGAAGCGAAGUGUUGAUUCUCACAGAAGUCAUGCUCUUGAUAUUGGCUCUCUUAGUCCGCCUAGUGUGCAAUUUGUAAUAGGUACACCACCUGGUAGAAGAUUGAGUGAAACACCACCACCUCCUAGUACUUGGCAAGUUAGUCCAGUGGCACGACAUUCACACAGUGGAACAUCGCCAUUACGCAGAUCAACGGGAAACAAUAGUGCAUCUUCACCGUUGCUUUCAGGUCCAUUGGCAGUUUUAGGGUCCCCUACUUCAAAAGCUUUUCAAGAUAACAAUAACACACUUAGGCAUUCGCCUGUUAUUCCCUUUGGCACAAGAGCUGUUACUCUUCCAGAAAUAUCAGAAGCGGGUAGUUUUCAAAAUCUUUUUCCGGAUGUUAAUCCAACUUUAACAGAAGAUCGUCCAUUGACAUUUAUAGCCCCAGAACUCCCAGAAGAAACGCUUUUGGAACGAGAACAUUCAGAGAUCUUAGCAAAGUUGAAUUUUGUUGUAGCAUUAUGUGAAUGUGUAUGCGAAGUUGCUAGAAAUAGAGCUGGACCAUUAGGUGCACCUUUAGGUGGUAUUGAACAAGCCAAUAAUGCAGCCACAAGAAGAAGAGCAGAACAAGUUAUUUUAUUAGUAAGAGCUCUUCAAUGGUUGAGUUCCGGGCUAAGCCUUGCAACUCAGCAACUCAAAGCUGGUAGAUUGCAACCUACCGCAAGUGUAAAAGAAGUUGUCAGUACAAUGAAUGAAAAGUUUAGAUCUUGCCUGACAGAAUGUAAACAGCUUAACAGUGCAGGAUUACUUCGACAACCAGGAGCUACGGCAGAUAAAAUUCUAUAUAAUCAUGCAAUACAAAUGUGUCAGUCUGCAGCACUCGAUGAAUUAUUUGGAAAUCCUGCUGAGUGUUUUCAGCGUUAUCAUACGGCGCAAAUAUUGUUACAUUCAUUAUCACAACACAUCAGUCACAGUCAAGACAAAGCAUUACUUAUUAAAUACAAAGAUGCGGUUGAAAAAAGAUUAUACGUACUUCAGCAGCAAGGUUACAUCUAUGCAACUGACCCUACGUAACGUUCGUGAAAAUCAUCAACUGUGUGCUAUUCUGCACUCAGGCCAAUACUAUAUUUGAUACCUCUGUUGUGUAAGAUCGUUUACUCUAUUCUGUAUAAAAUAAUAUUAACUUACUUUUAAGAUUGUUUAGAAAAGAUGAAUAUAUAAGCGAUUUAGUUUUAAAACACAUAGUAUAAAUUGUUAGAAACUUAUGCAGAAUAGAGUAGACUUAAACGGAUCAAAAUUUAUGAAAGUGAUUCCUUCUAAAUUAGUUUAUAUAUAAUUUAUCAACCAAUACCAAUAAUGGAUUAUGUCUAUAUACUGUAUAAUGUACGUAUGGUUGAUUAACUAAUCUUUAUUUCAUAUCAAUUAAUAAACAUGUGUAUACUAACAACAA